AUGGAACACACCAAAUCAUUUGCUAAGAUUAAGACUCCGCUGUCCAUGGAUAUAACAUCCAAUUACAUGCUUCCUGCAGGAACCAUUUUGAAUGUCUUUAAAGUCGUUACCGGGAAAAACUGUGCUGAUAUUUUGAGAAGAGACCCUUCUACCAGGAAAAAGGACGGUAUCUAUAAAAUCAUCCUUGACAGGAAAAAUAAAGUUAAGGUGUAUUGUGACAUGACGACCGACGGUGGGGGUUGGACGGUAAUUCAAAACAGGUAUGAUGGUACAACCAAUUUUUAUCGUGACUGGAAUGACUACAAAAGAGGUUUCGGGAACAUUUCUAGGGAAAUUUGGAUUGGGAAUGACCUAAUUCAUGCUCUUACUAAAAAUGAUGAUCAAGAACUACGUAUAGAAAUGACGAAGUUUUCUGGGUCCAAAGUUUACGCAAAAUACUCAAAAUUUUCUAUUGGUGAUGAAUCAAAAAAGUAUAAACUGUCAAUCAGUGGAUACAGUGGGACAGCUGGAGAUUUCAUAACUGGUAGCCAUAUCUUAAAUGGAAUGCCGUUCUCAACAAAGGACAGUGAUAAUGACAAGUAUGGUGAUCAAUGUGCAAAGACCUAUCAGCGUGGUGCUUGGUGGUACAACAACUGUUCGUACUCUAGCCUGAAUGGACAAUAUACGGGAAAACAAUUAAAGUCAAUCACCCACUUACACUGGGGAACAUCACGAGAGAACAUGAAAACAUCCAGGAUGAUGAUUAGAACAAAAUCCUGA